CUAGGGUUUCAUUUCGAACGUGAACGGCGAUUCAGCGGUGAGAGCGUAACGAAGAAGAACCGAAAAUGGUGAAAUUCUUGAAGCCAAACAAGGCGGUGAUCAUCCUCCAAGGCCGUUACGCCGGGAAGAAAGCCGUAAUCGUGAAGAAUUUCGACGACGGAACUCGCGAACGUGCUUAUGGCCACGCUUUAGUUACUGGAAUAAAGAAAUAUCCAGCAAAGGUUAUCAAGAAAGAUUCAGCGAAGAAAACUGCUAAGAAAUCGCGUGUGAAAGCUUUUGUGAAGCUUGUGAAUUAUCAACAUCUUAUGCCAACUCGUUACACUCUUGAUGUUGAUCUUAAAGAAGUUGUUACUGUUGAUGUUCUUCAGAGUAAGGAUAAGAAAGUUACAGCUUUGAAGGAGGCGAAGAAGAGGUUUGAAGAAAGGUUUAAGACUGGGAAGAAUCGUUGGUUUUUCACUAAGCUCAGGUUUUGAGUUUGUUUCUUUGAAUUGGAAUCAGUUUUAAUUGUUCUUUUGUAUUUUGGAUUUUGUUGGCACUGUUAUUUUUACAACUGUUCUAUCUAUGUUGAGGAUUAUGUUGAGGAUUUUAUAUUGGUUUUUGUUUUGUUGAGUUGA